AUGAGCCUCUUGCGAAGCGCCACCAGGAUCGCCCAGGCCGGGCUCCGUCCGGCCGCGGGACUGCGCACAGCGCCGCUACGGGUUCCGGCCCCAAUGGCAUUGGUUGCUCCGCGCAGCUUCGUCACCCGCUCGCUGCCGCGUCUCGGGCACAACUUGGAGGACCACUUUGACUUCGCGGAGUACAUGUGCAGGAUGCACAGCCCCAUUGGCGAGUACUUGAUCUGGGGUCUCAUCCUCAGCACCUUCGUCAUCGCCUUCGGCCCGCUGCUCCAUUCGAACUACUACUUCACCGGCCGAUUCUUGCCCAAGGACCAGGGCAACUCUCAGCUUUGCGAUGACAGCUGGCUGCUUCUUGGCAUGGAGUACGAGGUCAGCGUGCAGGGCGAGUGCUUCGUACACCGGAACGCUACCAUUCUCCCGGCCGGGGUUUGCUGGGGCACGGUGCAUGGAUACUCCAAUGCCUCAGUAGGCUACCGCCGCUUCAACUCAGAGGUCGUGCCCGGCUGUGCCCUGGUUUGUGGAACGGACCAAGGGCUCUAUGCGCGAGCCCGCCGUCUGCUCGGCGAGGGCAGUCGGCGGCUGCUUUACCGCUCUUCUGAUGGGAAUAGCAUCCAGCUUGACUUAGACGACGAGACCGGGCUGCGUGAAACAGCGCAAUCCCCGUCGACGUUUGCUUACAUAGCAGGUUGUGUCUUGGAACUUGGCAAGCAUUUCCGUGUCGGUGGUGCGGAGAUCGUGAAUUACAAGUCAGACCUUCCAAUCAAGAAGGGUCUUUCAUCAUCUGCUGCCAUUUGCGUUCUCACCGUCAGAGCCCUCAACCAGCUCUACGACUUGAAGCUGACUACACAUGGAGAGAUGGACAUCGCUUAUCGUGGUGAGAUCAACACUCCUUCGCGCUGUGGUCGCCUGGAUCAAUGCGUUGCCUUCGGACGCAGAGUCACAAAGAUGAUCUUCGAUUCCGACUUGCUUUCAACGGAGUCGGUACGGGCUGCUGCCACUAUCUACAUGGUCGUGGUUGACCUUUGUGCAAAGAAGGAUACCAAAGAGAUCCUGAAAUGCCUGAACGAGGCAUACCCCUUUCCUCGGGGCGACUCGGAUCGUGCGUUGCACGCACUUCUUGGGGAGGUGAACCAACGUGUCUGUCAGGACGCGCAGCAGAUCCUCGCAGAGGAGAAGGAUGGCCGUGUGGCAGCAGAAAAACUCGGCGAGGCCAUGACAGAGGCGCAGCGGAGGUGGGAUGAAAUCGCCGUCCCUCUCUGCCCGCACGAGCUGACGGCGCCUGCUUUGCACCGGCUGCUAACAUACCCAGAGCUGAAGAAGUACAUCACCGGAGGUAAGGGAGUGGGCUCCCAGGGCGAUGGCUCUGCACAGCUUGUCUGCCGGUCGAAGGCUGACCAGGAGGAGGUGGUGAGGAUUGUAAAGUCCUUGGGCAUGGAGCCCCUGGAGCUCACCAUCCCCGAGCUCGAGCCUUGGUCUGGUGGGUUCCCAGCCAGAGCCAAGGGGCAGUGA